CGUCUUGAAGCUUGAAGGGCUUGACCCAAACAUUCGCCAUGAAGCUUAAAGAAAUCUCCAGGACGUCCACUUUUGCAUGGUCACCGACCGCGUCGCUCCCUCUCAUUGCGACCGGCUCCGUUGCUGGCGCGCUUGAUGAGUCUUUCUCAAACGAAUCUCAGCUCGAGAUAUGGCAACCGGAUUUCAUGGACAAGAACGAAUAUGAUCUCGGAGGAGAUGGGUUGCCUGCCCCAAAGGGCGCGGUCACCGACAGCUCAAGGUUCAACCGUCUUGCAUGGGGUCAAGUGCAUAGAGACCGCUCGCGCGGUGUCAUUGCAGCCGGUAUGGAAAACGGCGAACUUGCCCUGUGGGACCCAGCAAAAAUCGUUGUUAACGCCGACGUCUCUGAAUCUCUGAUCCUUCGCAAUACCAGCCAUACUGGUCCCGUCCGUGGCCUUGAUUUCAACCCCAUACAGACAAACCUUCUGUCUUCUGGUGCCAUCAACGGCGAGGUUUAUAUCUGGGAUCUCAAUGACCCGUCGAAGCCAUACUCUCCUACGCCAGGCACGCGGAGCACAAAGCUUGAUGAGAUCACGUCUGUUGCUUGGAACCAACAGGUGCAAUACGUGCUUGCGGGCGCUAGCAGUACUGGAUAUACUGUAGUAUGGGAUCUGCGAGGGAAACGUGAGGUGGUCGCCCUCGCUUACGGUGGUGGUGCGGGCACGCUUGCAGGCCAAAGUGGUGUUGGUAGUGGAAUGGCCGUCGGUGGCAGACGCGGCAUGAGUGCAAUUGCGUGGCACCCUGACAAUGCAACUCGCCUUGUUACCGCUUCCGAGGAUGACCUGUCUCCCGUAAUUAUGGUUUGGGAUCUUCGCAAUGCACGCGCACCUGAAAAGAUCCUCACGGGGCACGAGAAGGGUGUUCUGUCGCUCUCGUGGUGCAAACAUGAUGCAGACCUCUUGCUUUCGUGCGGAAAGGACAACCGCGCCCUCUGUUGGAACCCGCAGACAUCUGAGAUCAUCGGCGAGCUUCCUUCAGCGGGUAACUGGGCUUUCCAAGUGGAAUGGUGCCCACGAAAUCCUGAUCUCUUGGCUACCGCUUUCUUCGAUGGCACGGUUGGGAUCCACUCUAUCCAGUCCACGAAUGAUGCUACAGUUCUCCCUGUGACCCCCAGACCUGAUGGCGAAGAUGUGUUUGGCGUGCCAGGCUACUCCCGUACCACGGCUCCGACACUCAGUCUCAAACAACCUCCCAAGUGGCUCCGCCGCCCAUCUUCCUGUUCGUUUGGGUUCGGGGGGCAGCUCGUAAGCGUGAGCAACCUUCCUGCAGCCUCAGGGAAGAACCAGAGUAGCGUCGUGCACAUCCGAAAAGUUAUUGCAGAGACAGAUAUUGUCGACCGAGCGCGGAAGUUACAACAAGCCGUGGAUACUGAUACCUUGAGCGCAUUCGCAGAAGAGCGGGUUAGCUUGGAGAAAGCCGGUGAAGACGGCUGGAAGGCCCUUCUGAGUUUGUUCCGUGCGAAUUCGAGGGACGAACUUGUCACCCUGUUGGGCUACUCUAAAGAGGAGGUUAAGGAGAGGGUCGAGGAAGCAGUUGCGAAGCUGAAGGAGAGUGCAUCAGUCAACACAUCCAGCUACAGCGUAGAUGGGGCUGGCGCGGACGCUGCGAAACCUCACGAGCCAGUGGUGUCCUUCGCAGAACCAGAAGCACAAUACGAUGGCAGUGAAGAGGAUUUGUCGACAAUGGGUGCUGAAAAGACCCCCUCGGAGGUGAGCGCUAGCGUUGCAUCCGACGCCGUCCAGGUCACAGACGGUGAAUCCACGACUACUGCUCCGAGUCUCUUUGGUGAUGAAGGUGCCCUUGGUACACCCCAGAUGGAUGCGGGUGCUGACUUCUUUAGCACAAUUGGCGGUGCAUCCGAACUCGAGGUGCCUCAUCAUAACUACGGUCUCGAUUCAAGCGUCGCUGCUACCAUUGGGUCCGGCCCUUCAAGUGUAGCAAGCGAGAAUCUGAAGAACAACACGUUCAGGAUCUACCCCUCUGACGAGAGUGAAACGGAUGGGCUGGUGACGAAAGCACUGGUGCUUGGCGACUUCGAGUCCGCUGUUUCCUUGUGUCUCUCUUCCGAACGUUACGCGGACGCUAUCUUGCUCGCGAUCAAGGGUGGUGAAGACCUUCUUCAACGCACCCAGAAGGCUUACUUCGAACGACGCACCACCUCAUAUCCCUAUCUUCGUUUAUUCCAGAGCAUCGUCACCAAUGAUCUCUCGGAUAUCGUACAAAACGCCGAUCUUCAAGAAUGGCAGGAGAUAUUUGUGGUGUUGUGCACCUUCGCCACCCAAGAGGAGUUCUCGAACCUCGCGGAGCAACUCGGGAGCAGACUGGAAUUCCAGAGCAGUCUGAUACGUGAGGGCAGUGCAGAGAACGAGGACAAUGCCCUUGAGUUGAGGAAGACGGCGACUUUGACAUAUCUAGCCGCAGGGAGGCUGGAGAGACUCUUGAAUAUCUGGAUCGAGGAGCUCACCGAAGAGGAGAUUUUGUUAUUGGAUGAUCAAGAUCAGCUGAGCAGUUCGCGGUAUGCAGCCCACGCCCAUGCUCUGCACACUUUCAUAGAGAAAGUGACCGUUUUCCGCGAUGCUACAAAGUACGUGGACGGCGAUCUGGCACAGGUAUCAGGUGAAGACGCCGGUGCCAAGACGUACAAGCUCGGCGCGUUGUAUGAUCGAUACUUUGAGUAUGCGGAUGUGCUCAGUGCUCAGGGUUUGGUGAAGGAGGCUGUUGCCUUUUUGAAGUUAACGCCAGCAGAUUACGCAGGGUCUACAUUAGACUGCGCAGGAGUCAGGGAGCGUCUGUUGAUGGCUUCUGGAGAGCGCAAGGUGACCCCAGCUGCUCCUGUGGCAGGCACUAGCCGUGCUGUUGUUGCAUCCGUUCCUGCGCCUACUAUUCCCCCCGCACCAUUUGGCCACGCGAACUACACACCAACUGUUCCUGCUCAUUCAUAUGCACCUGUUGAACCCAUCUCUCAGCCAUCUGCCUAUGACCCGUAUGCUAUUCCCGCUGCUGCCAGGCCAAAUCACCUCACUUCAAUUUCGCAACCAAUCCAACAACUGCCACCGUCCCGUGGUCUCGUGCCUCCUUCUGGCCCGCCAAAACGCAUGCUAAAAGGUUGGAACGAUGCCCCCGUUAUGAACGAUCGUCGUGCCCCGUCUGCACUGAAUCCUCUCAAGCCUCAGGCAAUAGUGUCUCCCUUCCCCGAUGCUCCUUCUCCCAGAAUUGCGUCACCUCCUGCUCCUGCUCCUGCUCCUGGCCAGCCACACACGGGCGGACAUGGUCAGAACGCUCCCCUUCCCCCUCCGCCACGGCCAGCGAGUGUGCAGAGCCGGGCUCCUCCACCCCAGGCACAUCGGAUGAUGCACCCACCGCCUCCCUCUCAGGCUCGACCUUCCUCUGGGCCUCCUGCUCAUCCACAGGGCAUGCAACCUCCAUCAAACCGAUUAAUGUCUCCUGCCCAACAGCAUGCUCCUCUUCCUUCUGUUCCUGGACCAUACUCGCCGUCCAUGCAACCAGCUCAAUUGCAGCCUCCUGGACCGUAUGCGCGUGCCACUCCUCCACCUGGUUCUCAACGUGGCCCUGGGCAGCCACUCGGCCCACCUAGACCAUACGCAACGCCUCCGCCUGGACAGGCCGGUCCUCCCGCACCGCCGUCAGGUCCCUAUGCACCUCCUCCCGGCCAAGUUCAGCAACCACCACCAGGUCCAUACGCACUCCCUCCUGGUCAAGUCCAGCAGCAACCUCAUGGACUCCCACAAGGUCCACCGCGGGUGGCGCCUGCACCACAUCCGCUCGCUGGACUCCCACAUCAGCAGGGACCUCCUGGAAUUCCAUCAGCUGGAGGUGUCAGCACCACGCAGCCUCCACGUUCCCGACAAGGUCCACCCCCACCAAAAUAUCCCCCCGGGGACCGGGCUCAUAUUCCCGAGUCUGCAUUGCCCAUCUUCAAUAUCAUUAACGAGCAACUCACACUGAUGAAGCAGACGACGCCACCACAACAACGACGAAUGGCCGAUGACUCUGAGCGCCGAAUCAAUUCUCUAUUUGAUGCUUUGAAUUGUGAAACAUUGUCCAAGCCUGUGGUUGACCAGUUGCUUGUCUUGGCAAGAGCCAUGGAGGCUCAUGACCGAGAUGCUGCGUCGUCUAUCCAUGUUGACCUUCUCACUCGUGGCUCGCAGACAGAUGACAUUGGCCUGUGGAUGUCGGCGAUCAAGCAGCUCAUUAUUCGCAUGUAAAAGUUUGUCGCAAGUCUGUUUUUUACUAUCCACAGGACUAUUUAGAUUGAAUGACGUUUGGUAUCGGAAAAUGUUGAUUUAGUAGUGUUGAGUUCCCUGGUUGGCACUGAACUGCUCUUAAUGGUGAUAAGUGGUAUAGGCAUCUUGAAUUCAAGCUGGAUGG